AGAGAGAGAGAGAGAAGGGGUGAAAGAAAAGGAAAGAAAAAGAAAAGAAAAGAAAAGAAAAGAAAGUGAAGCAGAGAAGAAAGAAAGAAAGAUGUGUAAGAAGGGAGUAGCGUUUUUGUUUGAGAUGCGAGCCUUCUCCGGUAGAAAGGGAACCUUCUCCGUACUUCUUCUCUUUCUCCUUUUCAUUCUCAUUCUUCUUAACAUUUAAUCUAUUUCUUCUUCAAACACCUCACCUUUUACUUCUGUACUCGUUUUCAAUCUUGGUUCUUUCUUCUUUUCUUCAAUCUCAAUGAUUUAAAGAUCGAUUAAUUACUUUGUAGGGUCAUUACCAACAUUUCAAAGAUUCACCCUUUUACUGCUCUGUUUGGAUAAUUAUAAAGAUUAUCAUAGUUUUUGAUAUUAAGAAUCAUUGUUUGCUUUGUGGGGUCUAGUUAAUAUUUUCUUAGGAUUUUGGUGUAAAUAGUGUCAUCAAAUCAAUAUUGGUUGAUUUAUGAUUUAUGAGUUAUAGUUUAUAUCUAUAACCCCUCCUUUGAUAUUAUUUGAUUCCCAGGAGGGUUUGUAAUCAUCAACCAAAAAAACAGAAAAAAAAAGUUUUUUAUUUUUAUUUUUUAUAGAUAAUUUGAUUUAACUAUCUCAUUAUUCAACCUUUUCCCCCAAAUUUUAUUGUGGGUUUUGCCUAAAGAUAGGUUUUUUUAGUGAUCAGUAAUCUGGGUUUUAAAAGAUAGUUCUUUUUUUUAUUUUUUUAUUUUGAUUUUGUGCAAGAAAUUUUCCUAUAAAGUUAGGUUGAAGAGAUUUGAGGUUAAUUUACUUUUUGAGGGAGUGGUUGAUUUGAGUUCUCAAUUGGGUUAUUGAAUCUUAUAUGGGAAUACCUGAUAGUUCAUUUUUAGAUCUAAUAGAAAAAGUUAGGUCUUGGGUUUCUUGGGGAGUUGGUGAUUUGAAUACAUUUUCUGAGAAUUUUGAUAUGCAAAAUAGUGUCUGCAAAAUGUGUUGUGAGUGUAAUAGGAAUUUUAAUGAUAUGACUCAGUGCAAAUAUAAUUGCAAAAGCUGUGGCCGGUGGUUGUGUGGGAAGUGUAUCAGAGGUUGUGAUCUGCCAAAUCCUGAAUCUGAUAGUGGAUUCAAGGAAACUAUAAGUUCUUGCAAGUUUUGUUCGGUUACGAAUAGGACGUGUGAGGGGGGUCAAAGGAAAUGUAUUGAGAAAGUGCAUCCUGCUGUUUCACCACAAGAGAGUCCUAGAGAAAGUCCUGAGCCACCUUCACCGUGCUUUAGUGUUGAAACUGAAAGAGAUGGUUACUUUGGACGACAUUUUCAUGAUCGAGAGUGUGAGUAUUAUGCUCACUCCAUGAUCAGUAGGAGUUUGAGCUCAUCUGGUGCUCAUCCUUCUUCAGUAUCCACUCUUCCAUCUACCUUAAGGAGUGAUGAAGAAGGGACGGAAGAUUUCGGGAAGCACUCUCUCAGUCCAUCUCGUACAUAUUGUGAUAACAAUUCAGAUGUAGAUUCAAGUAGCGUUAGUGCUAGACAUGACACUUACAACUUUAAUUCUGUGGGGACAAGUCCUUCAGAUAGCCCUUCUAGGAUUGAUUUUGCUUCCAGUAGGGCCGGGCUUCCUAUCCAGAAGAAGGGGCAGGAGAAAAGUUCCGUCCCUCAGAAUGAUGUUCCCUCUGGUCAACAAAGUACGGCGGUUUUAAGAAAGCCUGAACCUGGGACUGAGGAUGCAUAUAACACUACUUAUUUUUCGGAUGACUUGUCAAUUUUCCGGAACCAGAAUGAGAAUUUGCAGAGGCCGUUGGAUUUUGAAAACAAUGGCCUUAUUUGGUUUCCUCCACCACCUGAAGACGAAGAUGCUGAUGCAGAAGGCAAUUUCUUUACAUAUGACGACGAGGAUGAUGACAUUGGUGACUCAGGUGCCUUGUUCUCAUCCAAUAGCAGUCUAUCAACUAUGUUUCCUGCUAAAGAGAAGCACAAUGAGGGAAACAAGGAACCUUUAAAAUCUGUCGUACAGGGGCAUUUUAGAGCUCUUGUUUCACAACUUUUACAGGGAGAGGGAAUUCAAAUUGGUAAAGAAAAUGAUUCUGGGGACUGGCUCGACAUAGUUGCAACUGUAGCAUGGCAGGCCGCUAACUUUGUGAGACCAGACACUAGCAAAGGUGGCAGUAUGGAUCCUGGUGAUUAUGUUAAGGUCAAAUGUAUUGCAUCCGGAAGCCCGAGUGACAGCACCCUUAUCAAAGGAGUUGUUUGCACAAAAAAUAUAAAGCACAAGCGCAUGACCUCUCAAUACAAAAAACCUAGACUAUUACUCCUAGGUGGAGCGCUGGAAUAUCAGAAAGUUCCAAAUCAACUGGCUUCUUUUGAUACAUUGUUGCAGCAGGAAAAUGAUCAUCUGAAGAUGAUCAUUUCGAAAAUUGAGGCUCUUCGACCAAAUGUUUUGCUGGUUGAAAAAAGCGUUGCUUCACAAGCCCAGGAAUAUUUGCUGGCAAAGGAAAUCUCCUUGGUUUUGAAUGUUAAAAGGCCUUUGCUUGAGCGUAUAGCUCGCUGCACUGGUGCUCUUAUCACUCCAUCAGUGGAUAGUUUAUCUAAAGCACGACUAGGGCACUGUGAAUUGUUCCGGUUAGACAGGAUUGUGGAAAAUCACGAGGCUGGUAAUCAGUUCAACAAAAAGCCAUCCAAAACAUUAAUGUUCUUUGAAGGUUGCCCACGGCGUUUGGGAUGCACGGUCUUACUGAAGGGCAAAUGUCGUGAAGAACUGAAAACAAUUAAACAUGUUGUACAAUAUGCAAUUUUUGCAGCUUAUCAUUUAUCUCUUGAGACCUCGUUCCUUGCUGAUGAAGGUGCCACCCUGCCUAAAAUGAUAGUAAAACACUCGACAGACAUGCCAGAGAGUGCAACAGCUGACACUGACAUUUCUGUAAUAUCUGACACCUUUUCUUCUACCAUGUGCCAGUCAGAGGCUGAUGAUGCUUCUAAAGUGAAAGACUCUGUUGGUCAUGAUGUAAUGAUUGGAAAUCUGGGAUCAGUGUCAGAGAAUCUCAAUGAACAUAACUUUCAUUCAUAUACCGACGCCAUGGUGGAUUAUAGUGCUGACAACGUGCUCUCUGAUCCAUACUGUAAUAACCUAACAUCUAAUUUGACUUUGGAGUCAGAUUUUUUGCAUCAGUGUAAUGAAUCAGAGGGGGAGACUAUGUCUAGAGACCCUUCACGAGUAGAUUUGCAAGAAACCAUGUUUCAAGAGGAGAAUGAGUGUGAAGUUGUUGACUCAACAAAAGACAAUAUGAUUGAGGAUGAGUUUUCUGGUGAAUACUUCUCUGCCACUGAAGCCCAUCAGAGCAUAUUAGUUUACUUUUCAAGUCAUUGUGUGUCGAAAGGAACUGUAUGUGAACGCACUAGGUUGCUGCGCAUAAAGUUCUAUGGCUCCUUUGAUAAGCCACUUGGGAGGUAUCUCCAUGAUGAUCUGUUUGAUCAGACAUCUUGCUGCCAGUCUUGUAAAGAGCCUGGAGAGGCUCAUGUCCUUUGUUUUACACACCAGCAAGGGAAUCUUACAAUCAACGUUAGGCGUCUCCCCUCUGUGAAGCUACCAGGGGAAAGAGAUGGCAAGAUUUGGAUGUGGCACCGGUGUCUGAGGUGUCCAUUUGUGGACGGAGUUCCACCAGCAACUCGUAGAGUUGUUAUGUCGGAUGCUGCGUGGGGAUUGUCUUUUGGAAAGUUCCUGGAACUUAGCUUCUCAAACCAUGCAACUGCUAAUCGAGUUGCUACUUGUGGCCAUUCUUUGCAAAGAGACUGCCUCCGGUUUUACGGGUUUGGGAGCAUGGUUGUUUUCUUCCGUUAUUCCCCUAUUGACGUUCUUUCUGUCCAUCUACCCCCUUCUGUUCUAGAAUUUGGUUACAUCCAAGAAAAGUGGAUUAGAAAGGUGGCAGGAGAGCUUUUUAGUAAAGUGGAGACCUUGUAUGUGGAAAUAUCAAAUGUGCUGGAACAAUUGGAAACAAAUGUUUUGUCUCCUGGCAUUGGAAAUGAGCUGGCAGAUGCCUAUGACAUUCAUAACCACAUACUGGAUCUGAAAGACAUGCUUCUAAAAGAAAAAAUGGAUUAUCAUAGUUUACUAAAAUCAGCCAAUGAGACUGCAGAGCCAGGAAAUAUGACUUUAGACAUUCUGGAACUAAAUCGGUUGAGACGCUCACUUCUAAUUGGUUCACAUGUUUGGGAUCACCGGCUAAACUCCCUAGACUCUCUUAUUAAAAAAAGUCUUAGCUCCAAGGUUAAACAAGAAACUGAAUCAUUUGCAGAUGGUAAGGAAUUAAGAGUUGACUCACUUCAUAAGGAUCAAAGUUUUGACUCUUGGCUGGAGCAAAAUAAUUCUCAGCCUUCAAAAUUGCACGAGUCUCAUGAAAGUCAUAAGCUUGUAGAGCCGGACGACCAACCUAAGUCUCGUCGUGCUUCUGAAGCAUCUGCAUGUUCUCUUGAUGGGGAAGAACCACAUUCAGAUGCUGAAUUUGUUUCCAACAAAACGUCAUCUGAGUGUAUGCCACCAAAUGAAUCCAAUCUUUCCGAAAAAAUAGAUUUGGCAUGGACUGGAACUGAUCAACCUGUUCAGGUCAAUGCUUCGGUUAAAAGGUUGGCACAACCAAUGAGAGUUCAUUCUUUUGAUUCAGCAUUAAGAGUCCAGGAUAGAAUCAAGAAAGACCUGCCCUUGUCGUUACACAUGUCAACACUUAGAUCUUUUCAUGCUUCUGGAGACUACAGGAAUAUGGUUAGAGAUCCAAUCUCCAAUGUAUUGCAAAAUUACUUUCAAAUGUUGCCGUGGGAGUCGCAGAGGAUAAAUCUGAUUCUGAGCUCCACACCGUCAUUCAUUUCCUCCAUUUCUCACAUUGCUGAAGGUGCUCGGUUGUUGCUUCCCCAAACAUGUCACAGCAAUAGAGUUAUAGCUGUAUAUGACAAUGAUUACUCCAGCAUAAUAUCUUAUGCUCUUAGUUCUAAGGACUACGAAGAUUGUGUUUCUGGGAAGUCAGAUGUACGCGAUGGUAGCUGGAAUGCUCAUGAGAGAAAUAAAGAAGAUUUAACUAAUUCCAGCCUUUCUGCAUGGGCUACUUUAGACCUGGAUUAUAUCAAUUAUGGUAGUUAUGGGUCCGACGAAGUUCCAUCUUCAAUUAGUUCUCUUAUCAGGGACAAAAAAACAUCUUUGCACUUGCCAAUCUCUUUCGGGGACGAUUCUUUGGGGGCUGGAGGUAAAGUGAAUUUUUCUGUCACUUGCUAUUUUGCAAAGCAGUUUGAUUCACUUAGGAAAAAGUGCUGCCCUAACGAAGUUGAUUUUGUGCGUUCCCUGAGCCGUGGCCGGAGAUGGAGUGCACAGGGAGGGAAAAGUAAUGUAUAUUUUGCCAAGUCGUUAGAUGAAAGAUUUAUUAUCAAACAAGUAACGAAGACGGAAUUGGAAUCCUUCGAAGAAUUCGCACCUCAGUAUUUCAAAUACAUGAUGGAUGCGACGAACUCGGGAGGCCCAACCUGCCUUGCCAAAAUACUUGGUAUUUAUCAGGUCACUGUCAAAUACCCAAAAGGUGGUAAGGAAACAAAGAUAGAUUUGAUGGUAAUGGAGAAUCUGUUUUACAAGAGAAACAUAUCUAGGGUAUAUGAUCUUAAGGGAUCAGAAAGAUCUAGGUACAAUGCAGAUACAACUGGGACAAACAAAGUGAUGUUAGACAUGAAUCUGUUAGAAACGUUGAGAACAAAACCCAUAUUUCUUGGAAGUAGGGCUAAGCGAAAACUUGAGAGAGCUGUUUGGAACGAUACAUCCUUUUUGGCGUCAGUUGAUGUUAUGGAUUACUCAUUGCUGGUUGGGGUGGAUGAUGAGAAGAAGGAGCUGGUAUUGGGGAUAAUUGAUUACAUGAGACAAUACACAUGGGACAAGCAUUUAGAGACAUGGGUUAAAGCUUCUGGGUUUCUUGGGGGUCCUAAAAAUGCUGCCCCUACAAUUGUCUCUCCUAAACAAUACAAGAAAAGAUUCAGGAAGGCAAUGACUACCUACUUUCUCACCUUACCUGAUCAAUGGUCAUCUUGAAAAUUUUAUUCUUUUCUUAGAUCUCUAUGUAUCCAUAGUGAAAACUCCUUUGGAUACAUCAAGAAAGUGUAUUUUAUUUUUCAUUUUUUAUUAAAAAUACUUUAUAUGAAUACAGAGUAAAAUAUUAUAAUAAUUAGCAACAUAGUGUGGCACAAGUGGUAUAGUAAUUCAAUUAAUAAAUA